CAUCAGAGCGUCGAGACACACUGACAUCAGGAUCUUCAUCAGAUCACUUCAGCUGAAAUCUGACCAUGAAGCUGGUUUCAGUCGUCCUCGUCCUGCUGGCUCCACUGUUGACCAGCUGCCAGAAGCUCGUUCUGCCAGUGGACUGCAGUAACAUUUAUAAUAAUGACAACAGCCGACCCAGUGGAGUGUACACCAUCUAUCCCAUCGGAGCCACGUCUGCUGUCCAGGUGUACUGUGACAUGGAUUCAGAAGGAGGACGGUGGACUGUGUUCCAGAGGAGGAUGGAUGGCACGAUAAACUUCUACAGGGGCUGGGAUCAAUACAAGACAGGCUUUGGUAGCGCUGCUGGAGAGUACUGGCUCGGUCUCGAGUCUCUCUACCACCUGGCUCUGAGGAACAAGUACGAGCUGCUGGUCGACAUGGAGGACUUUGAAGGAAACAAAGCGUUCGCUCGUUACUCCUCAUUCUCCAUCGACCCAGAAUCCUACGGAUACACACUGCAUGUUUCUGGAUUCAUUAAUGGAGGAGCAGGAGACUCCCUGGCUACUCACAACGGACAGAAGUUCUCCACCUUCGACAAAGACCAGGACAACAAUGGAGGGAACUGUGCCAGAUUACGUAUGGGGGCGUUCUGGUACAACAACUGUAACUAUGCAAAUCCGAACGGUGUUUAUCACUGGGGGGCUGACAAAACUUUCUUUGCUGUUGGAGUGGAGUGGUACCAUUGGAAAGGUGUUGACUACUCCCUGAAGACCAUCAGCAUGAAGGUCCGUCCUGUGCAGUAGUUCUCCAGGACCAACGUCCAGCAGAAUAUCAGCUCAUCUCUUCUGAUUUAUUUCUCUUUCUCUCAUUAAGCAUUUAAUCUCACAACCGGUCUUAUUUUCCUGAAACUGAGCACCAGCACAAGAAACCAACUGACAUUUGUAAUUCUUGUAACUGUCUGUGGUUGUGUAAAGUAGAGCUGCACAAUAUGAGAAACAUAUGCGAUAAGUUCUUGAAUAUGGCGAUAACGAUAUCACUUGCGAUAAAUAAACAGACAUUAACGUAUUUUAACUUUCUAACUUUCAGCUAGCCUGACAAGCCAGACCCACAUCCAGAUGUUGGGUCUGGGAACUCCCCAUUGGUCAGGGCUCAAUCCGAGGGGCGGGAUAGACGGUUGUCUUUCAGAUUCCCUCUGCACGCAAUAGGA